AUGGAACAAGAUAUGUCUAUUGUGGUAUUUAACAUGUUACCAACUUCAGUCCAGUCUCGAUUACCGGCAUUCCGAUCCCUCCGCCGAUCUACAAGUUUAUCUAUUUUGUCCCUUCGGCGCCGUUCUCUUAUACCUCAGAAAGACAUGGAGCAGGUGAUGAUUGCAAGGAGCGAAGAUAACUCGGUUGUUGAGCUGCAGCCAUGUUCAGAGGCAGCCACAAACGUCACUAGUAGUGAACUUGAGGUAGACCAGAAAAAACCGUUGAGCUGCGAUGACAGCAAUCCUAAUGCUAGCUCUGGAGUGAAGUGGAAUUAUGCCGCUCAAGGUUCCUACUUACAGCAGUCUGCCGCCCAUGAAACAAUUGACUUGGCCUUCGCAAGAAAGUCGUAUAUCGACGGUGUAGCGUACAUGCUAAAAGCCCUCCCGGACGAUAUGGACGACUAUGAAGCCGGAGUCAUCCGACGAGCUCUGCCAACCUCAUUCCAGCAAUUUGGGACGGAUAGGCAGAUCGAAGCAGGACCUAAAUGGCUUCCAUCUGAUAGGGCAAAGACAUUUCUGCACUCCACCGUCCAAGGCUUCGUGUCGAGUCUUGUGCUUUUCGCCUACCUACUCCUCUCCUUUCUGUCAGCCGUCAUCCGUACCGGAGCCCAUUACGAGCGGCAAUACAACAUUUCACAACACGUCGUCUCCAGUAGCUUUGUCUUUGCCACCGCCGUCGGGAAGCAGAGUGGUGCCCUAAGUGAGAAGAUUGGCGCUAUAAGUGACGGCAGACUUGGUAAACUGUUAUCCGACCUUAUCGCCUGGACUAUAGAGAGCGUUGCCGGCGGAGUCCAAGAUGGCAUUGGUCAGGGUCUACUUUUAAUCGAACAGAGACGUAAAUGA